AUGAAGUUCGUAACCGCCGCCAGCGCUGCUCUUCUGGGCACUACCGUCUUCGCUGCUCCGCUUAUGCUUAUGUCUGGCGACUCCUCCCUCGGUGCUCUUGCAAGCGGCUUCCCCAUGUUCGCUCCGUUUCUCAUUGGCAGUAGCAACCCGGGCACCGUGAAGUCGGGAACUCCGUCGGACAUGGUCCAAACAGACACCCCAUCAGCCACGUAUAAGAUUCAGGACUUUACCACCCGCAAGUACGAUGGCCAGCACAUCAAUACCGUGUCCUUCAAGAUCGUAGCCUUCAACGCCGAGACCCUCGCCGACUGCUCCUCGGAGAACUUCGUCAUGAAUCAACGGUACACUUGCUCGAACGGACGGUUCAGCUUCACCUAUGUCGACUACUACGAUUGGGUCAAGCCCACCGAGCUCUUCAUCCGGGAGGAAACUGAUGAUAAGGGCCCCAUUGGCGGAUCAAUCAACUUCAUCACGCCCCCCUGCCGCGCUGGUGGAUCUGGCCCCGAGGACCUCACUUGCCAAAUUCCCGACAGCCAACAUGUUCAAGUUGGGCUUUUCCCCGCUAAAUCUAACUAA